CGUACACCAGCUGACUUAACUGACUUGACUUUGUCAACGUGAGAUUUUCUUGGCAUUUUCGAGGUUAUGAUAAAACAUUUUUGUAUUAUCUAUGAUCGCUUGUUAGAAUUUUCAUUUAUUUAUUAAUUAUGGGUAAAAGUAAAAACAAGAAUCAAGAACGAAAGAAGAAAAUAACAUUAGUUUUCGAUGAAACCAAAAGAAAGGACUUCCUUUGUGGAUUUCGUAAACGAAAAUUAGAGAGGAAAAAGAAAGCACAAGAAGAAUUACAGCGUAUGUUAAAAGAAGAAAAGAAAAGAAUAAAACAGGAGAACAAAGAAGCUUAUAAAAAGUUAGUUGUAUCGUCUCGACCUAUUCCUGAUAUUGAACAGUUAUUACAAGAUGAAUAUGAAGAUGAAGAUGUUAAUGUUAAAAUAGUAGAGUUAUCUUCAGAUGUCUUGCAGAAAAAAGAUUUAGUAAUUGGUGAAAAUAGGCCAACAGAAAGUACUGUAAAAAGAGAUGUUUGCAAAAAAAGAAGUGUUGAAGAUAUUCCAGGCAUGGCUUUAGAUACAGAAAAUGAAAAAUAUGAAUCUGAAGUAGAAGAAAAUGCUGAGAAAAAGUUAAAAACUAAAAAAGAGAUAAAGAAAAUGCUAAAAAGACAAGCUACAAAAAAGAUACAAAAAAGUAAAGUGUUUCAAAUGAAGAGUAAUCUGGAAAAGGUGCAGAACAAGAAGAAAUCUCAACAAAAGAAAAGAAGAAUGAAUAUGAAAUCUCAGCCCCACAAAGACAAGUCUAAGAAGAAAACAGGCAGAAGGCAUUAAAAAUGAUCAUGAUAUGUAAUUCUCUUAUUUAUUAUAUUCACCAAUUAGCCUUUUAGUAUUCAUAAUGAUAACAUACAAAACAAACGCUUUAAUCAACAUGAGUUAUUUUUGGCAGAUCUAGACUUUUUAAUUUCUGCUCUGCAAGAGCCUUCUCCUUGCUCCUUUUUAUUUCGAGGUGAUUUUCUUUUCUGAGGAGAUUUGUUGUGUUCUUUAUUUAACUGAAAAUCUGUUUUCUGUAGAAUUUCAACACCCUUCUGUGUAUGUAAUUCAUUACCAGACUCUAAUAAUUUUGUAUUCUCUGUUUUUGGAGCUUUUCUUUUGUUGCAUUUGUUAGGUUCAGUUUUAAUCAAAUUGAGCUCUGUUUUAGGAAUGAAAUCAUCAUAUUCUGUUUUAAUUUCUGUCUUGAUAGGAGAUUUUUUAGAUGGCGAUUUUCUUCCCUUUCCACUAGAUGGACAAAUAUCUCUAUUCAAACAUUCAUUACAGAUAGGGUUUACAGGCAAACAUAUUGUUUGUCCAAAUCCUACCAUAAGGUGAUUUACUUCACUCCACAACUCAAAAGGUAGCCAAGUUUGUAGAGCUUUUCUGGUUUCUUCAGGAGUAGCUGUAGGCUUACUCACCCAGCCUAUCCUGUUACUAAUUCUGUGUACAUGUGUAUCAACCCCUAAAAUAGACAUUUCAUUAGAUACAUCAUAAGGUGUUGGAUAAGUAACACUUAUUAUUCAACUUACCAAUCCCAGUGACUUUAUUCCAAGCAACUUGCAUGCAAAUGUGAGCCAUCUUAGGUCCUACACCAGUGAGUUUGCAAAGUUUAUCUACAGAGUCUGGUAUAUCUCCUUUAUACUGUUCUUUUAAGGUUUGAGUUGUUUUCUUUAUGUAUUUUAC